GUCGGGCAGGAUCCAAGCGAUCACGUGAGAAGCUGUGGCGAAAGAAAAACAUCGCGGCGUCCGAGCUGGGCCGGGUCUUGCCAGGAGCUCUAGUGCAAGGCUCGCUUUUCAUCUCGGCUCGCCACUUCCCCUCCUUCAGAAGCGGCUGGCGGGGAGCUCGAGCCUUGCGGUUGUUGCUCGGAAGAUUGCCCCGCCGUUGUCAGGAUGUGGCUGACGGAAAGUAUUAUUCUGAUGUUGUCGCUGCGGACUCUAAGUUCAGCUUUUUCAAUAAAGGAACCUAAAGAAGCAAAACAGGCAUGGGGAUAUGUUCCUGUCAGAAGCAAUGCAAGCAUGUUCUGGUGGUUGUACUAUGCAGACAGUCCCACUCAGAACUUCACACAACUUCCUCUUAUCUUAUGGCUGCAGGGAGGCCCAGGAGCUUCAGGUUGCGGAUAUGGAAAUUUUGAAGAGAUUGGCCCUUUAGAUACUGAUCUAAAACCAAGAAGGACAACUUGGCUGCAGGCAGCAAGUCUUCUCUUUGUUGACAAUCCUGUUGGCACCGGAUACAGUUAUGUUAAUGACUCCCUUGCCUACGCCACAAAUCUCAGUAUGGUCGCUUCGGAUAUGAUGGUGGUUCUCCGAGAGUUCUUUAAAUCAAAGGUGGAAUUCCAGACAAUCCCCUUCUACAUUUUUUCCGAAUCUUAUGGAGGAAAAAUGGCAGCUGCAAUUGCUCUGGAAGUUCAUAAGGCUAUUCAAGCUGGAACAAUAAAGUGCAAUUUUCAUGGAGUAGCCCUUGGUGAUUCAUGGAUUUCUCCUCUAGAUUCCGUGCUCGCUUGGGGGCCUUACCUAUAUAGCACUUCUUUCCUAGAUGAUAAAGGCUUGAAAGAAGUCACUAAUGCUGCCAAGAAGAUCCUGAAUGCAAUGAAUACAGGGGCAUUUAAGCUUGCUACACUGCUUUGGGAUAGAGCAGAGGAUAUCAUAGAAAAGAACACAAAUGGUGUGAAUUUCUAUAACAUUCUAACCCAUGAAUCUACGGAGGACACAGCUCGUUCAUCUACUGCAACUGAAACCACCCCAUUUUUAAAAUUGUUCCAGCGUCAUGUGCAAAAUCAAAUAAAAGACAAGCUGAAUGAUCUGAUGAAUGGGCCCAUCAGAAAGAAGCUGAAAAUAAUUCCAGACCAUGUCAAAUGGGGAGGGCAAUCAACAGGUGUAUUUAUGAAUAUGGCUGAAGACUUUAUGAAAAAUGUAAUUGAUAUUGUAGACAACUUGCUGGAGGCCAAUGUGAAUGUCACUGUAUACAAUGGGCAGCUGGAUCUCAUCGUUCCUACAAUAGGGCAAGAAGCUUGGCUCCGGAAGCUAAAAUGGCCCAAACUGAAAGAAUUCAGUGCACUGAAGUGGCAUCCUUUGUACACCUGCCCAAAAUGCACAGAGACGGCUGCUUUUUAUAAAUCCUAUUAUAACCUGAGCUUCUUCUGGAUCCUCAAGGCUGGCCACAUGGUCCCGGCUGACCAAGGUGACAUGGCGCUGAAGAUGCUUAGGAUGGUCACCCACCAAAAGCAGUGAUUAAAUCAGAGCCAGCUGGCUUGGCUCCUCUACAGAACAAAAGCAGGUUGUUUGGAAUCUUUUUGUGGCACCCUGAAAGCAGAAGGAACAAUGACACCAUUGUGUUUUGAUUUUCUCACAUAUUAUGCAAGGCAUUUUAAGGAGACACAGAUGGAAAUAAUUUACUUUCUCCUGUGGUAACUUCUUUUGUAAAAUGUAAAGAUCUCUUGAUCCACUUCUGGUUAGCAUAAUUCUUAAAUGCUGGAAAAGGAAGUUGUGAAUAAAUCAGGGAUGGGCAUUUUGUAGGCUAUAUGUGGCCUCCGUGUUGCAGCCUCAGAAGAUCCUCCUUUUGUCCUGCAACAUCUGGCAAAAUUGGUGAGAUAUUAACGAUACCCUUUUGGGGUAGGUUUUGCCAAAGGAAAUAUCAUCCUCCCGAAGGCAAAAUGCAUCCAUUUCCAUUUUCUAAACACUCCCAAAUAGCUCAAAAAUGCCUCCCAUCCACGCUCCGGCCCAUCCUCUUGGAGACAUCAUUAUCCUAGGCUCCAAAUAGUCUAGGAUAGCUCCCAGCACAAGAGAGGUUUCCCACUCUUGAAGUAAUGUUUUCUCAAUGGCAUUGUUUCCUUUUGAUUGAUUUUCAUUCUAUCUAUCUAUCUAUCUAUCUAUCUAUCUAUCUAUCUAUCUAUCUAUCUAUCUAUCUAUCCAUCUCUCUCUCUCUAUCUAUCUAUCCUCUAUCUAUCCUAUACAUGCACACAUCCUAUACAUGCACAUUCAUGCCUCUUUGUAGAUAUUUUCUUAUCCAGGUCCAUGGAAAGGCAAUUUUUCUGAUGAUUGGCCUCCCAGAGACAAGCAUGUGAUCAAGUGUGGGUGAAAUUGUCCUGGGAGUGGGAAGCCAGAGUAUUUUGCAGUCAAGCACUUUUCUACCUGCUCAGGCAACACCUCCACCUCCUGGAGGUUGCCCCAGAGCUCAUGCCCAAAGCCAUCACCAAUUUUUCUACCAGCCUUUGCAGCUUGAUUAAAAACAAGGGGUUGGAUUCAGGUCUUAUUUAAAUGAGAUUUGCUUCCUAGAAAGUAUUUUCAGGAUUGAAGGGCAUAAGCCCAACUCCAUACAGACCUAAGGUCUCACUUCUAAAGUUCCGUAUUUUUUGGAGUAUAAGACGCACCUUUUUCCCCCAAAAAAGAGAGUGAAAAUCUGGGUGCAUCUUAUACUCCAAAUGUAGCCUCAUCCAACUUCUCAAACGGAGGUUUCAGAGGCUGAAAAAAGCAUCAGAAACGAAGCUUCAGAAAAAAAGCCCCCAAACAGAGCUUCAGAGGGUUUUUUUCUGAAGCUGUUUCUGAGGCUUUCAGAGGCAGAAAAAAGUUUUUUCUGAAACAGAGUUUCAGAUGUUUCAGAGGCAGAAAAAAAAGCAAGGCACAGAGCUCACAACCAAGGAACCUGUUGCUAAAAUUCACCUCUGGGAACAGCUGAUUGGGGGUAUUCCGGGAGGCCAAUCCACCUGUAGAUCAGCUUUUUUCUUAUUUUCCUCCCCAAAAACUAAGGUGUGUCUUAUACUCCGGUGUGUUUUAUACUCCGAAAAAUACAGUAGUUUUCCUUGGCUUCCAAGGAGGAGGAAAUAUAGGAAUAAAAGCAGCAACUUGGAGCAAAGGUUCAGCAUCUCCUAAUCUUGAUCUUUAGGUUAAUUGAUUUCUCUAAGCCACGGGUGGGUAAAUGUGGCCCCUUUACGACCUGUGGACUUCAACUCCCAGAAUUCAUCCCAGUCUAAGCAAAGGUCAAACUAUUGGAUUGUUUGCCCCAAUCCAUCUGGUGUGGUUCAGAUGAAUUGGAAUGGUAGCUGCUAGGAUUCUGAAACGGCUUCGUCCGGCACAAUUGGAUGGUAAAUUGAGAACUAUGGGUCUAACAUGAUCCUCUCUGUUCUUUUUCGACAAGAAUACUUUCUGUGAUUUAGCAAAAUAUAAUUACCUAACCUUUUAAGUGACUUGCCAGUUUGGGAUAGCUAGUCUGUUGUUCAUAAAUCCGAUGCAGUUGUUUUGUUUUGUUUUGUAUUUCUUCCUUUUGACUCAUGAUUUAAGUUCUCUGUUCAGGUGAGUAACCAACUGAGGGGGUUUUGAGGAGCAUUUGUUUCCUUUGCAUUGUUUAGACACUUAAGGAUAAAAUGAAGUCAAAUGCUGAGUCAGGAAGUGCCAACGCCUAGGUGUGGAUAAUAAUUAUAAAAUUCCAUGUGGUAGAUACCAUAGAUAGACUUGUCUGCCUCUAAUGCUGAGAAAAAGCAAAUACACAAACUUAGUUCAGAAUUCUCUUCCUCUGGCUGUCCCACUUGCUCAUUCUGUGUGGGAAGUCACUACGGAGGCUUCUCACAUUGGUACUGAAGUUCCUCUCUUGAACCGUGAAGUUUGUAAGGAAAGCACUGUGUCUUCCUUAAAGUUGCCAACUGUUGGAAAUGAAACUGACAUUCUUUAUACACAGUUCAGUGCCUGCCUAACAGAGAAAGAAGUCAAUUCCAUGAUGGUGAAAUUGCCUUUGUCUUAUGUGUCUUAUGUAUAUGUAUAUGAAAUCUGAAAGCCAAAGACGUGGCCUUAAUAAAGAUUGAUUUCCCUCAUA